CCUGCAACCUAAGUAAACACAAGUGGUUGGUGUCCGAUGAAAGAGAGUGUGUCAGUUUUGCAUUUUUUGGCAGUACUGACAUAAUUUAGGAUGCCAAGAAGGGCAAUAAGAUGCGUGGUUGAAUUGAAUCUCCACGGGGUAUCUGCCCCUGGUUGUUGGUUGCCAAGCAAAGAAGAUUGCUAUUUGAGCCUAGCACUCUUCUCACAGUAUAAAAAUACACAGCUCUUAAGUUCAGUUUUUCCUAUACUUGUUAAUGAAAAAUUUAGAUUUGAAAAGACAUAUUUUACAGCCUUGGAUGAAGAAGAAGUUAUUGAAUUAUUAGAAGAUGAGUUGGUUGUUAUUGAACUGUUACAGAUGUCUGAAUAUUCAGACGGUGCAGUUCAUCUAGCUACCUAUACCAAUAAUGUUCGUGACUUCUUGUAUCCAUUUGAGACAUACAGACCAACAGUUCAUUCAAGAGAUAGAGAUAUUUUCUUAGAACGCACAGUUGCUUUCCCUGGUAUUUCUCCUAAGUUGGAGUUUUCAUCUAAAGUAGUUGUAAAAGAAUCAUAUUCUGAUGACAUGGAUGCAUUAGAAGAUGCCAUUGAUUAUCAUAAAAAUACAUUGAAGAGACUAAGGCGAUCAAAGAGACGACCCAGAUCCUGUUCACCAAGACGGAAUAAUGAGACGAUUGCAGAAGAGAUCUACAGAAACAAAAUACAAAAAACAGGUGUUGAUGAUUUUGAUAUUAAUUAUGAUAAUUACCAAAAUUUCACAAGGCACCGUAAUGGCACCAAAAGACUCAGAGUUGAUGGUCAACAAGCAGUGGACUUUAAAAAUUAUCCAACUUUCACUAAGUCUAGGCCAUCUGGUUACAUUUUACCACAUCUUACUGGUACAGAUGACCCAGAUGCUAGCAUUAUGUCGGAUGAUGAUGAUGAUGAUGAUGAGGGAUAUAGUGGUGCAGGUAGUUUGCUAGAUGAUAUGGAGGAUACUGAUAUAAAGUCACAAAACUUGAGACGUUCAGGGAAAAAGUCUGCUGGGCAGAGAACUGCUUCUGGAGUAUUGCGUAAAUUUCAUCCACCAGCAACACCUAGACUAGGCAGAUCAAGAACUCGAGUUCCACCAGGUAAAGUUCAACCAAAACAAUCAAGUAGUGGGAGAAAGUUAACUACACCUCGACAACUUAGCCAAGAUCGAAAAUCAUCCACAUCAAAGCAACCAAAUACUGGUAAAACUUUGACAACUACAAAACAGCCAAGUAAAAGAUCAAUAAUUGGUACACCAAGAAAAGUUAUAGGAAGUAAACUGAAACCUGGUAGUGUACGAUCACUGUCAACCCCAAGACAAACUGACAGGAAGAGACCUCUAGCGACUAUAAGAUUUCCUAGUUCUCAGAGACCAGUUUCCAAUAAAGGACAACCAAGUGACGAGGUACCAAUAACCAAAAAUGGAUAUGUUCGCAAUAAAACACCUUUGAACAGAUACCCAAGAUCUAAGUAUCCUCUUGCCCAAACUAAAUAUCCUAGUGAAAAUGGAAGAACCAUUCACUCUAAUGAUCAGAGACCAUUCGCUAUGAAUGAAUACCCUGUUGAAGAUGGACCAUUAAACAGAACCAGAUACCCCAGAUCAAAGUAUCCACUUGCCCAAAGACCCUUAGAUACAACUGGGUACCCAAGUGAAGGACCUUAUCCUAUAAAUGGAUACCCAAACGAAGCACAAUAUCCCACUGCUGGAUACCCAAGUGAAGGGCAAUAUCCCAUUGCUGGAUACCCAAGAGAACAACAGCAUCCUCAAGAUAGAUACUCAAGGGAAGGAGAGCAUCCUCAAGAUGGAUACCCAAUGGAAGGACAAUAUCCUCGUACAAGAUUCCCAAGUGAAGAACCUUAUCCACAAGCUGGAUACCCAAGUGAAGGGCAAUAUCCUCAAGCUGGAUACCCAAGCGAAAGACAAUAUCCUCAAGCUAGAUACCUAAGUGAAGGACCUUAUCCCCAAAAUGAAGGACAAUAUCCCCAAGCAGGAUACCCAAAUGAAGGACAAUAUCCUCAAGCUGGAUACCCAAAUCAAGGCAGAUCAUUUAGAACAAAUAAAGACCCAUUAGCCAGAUCAAGACACCCCAGUAGAGAGAGGCCAUUGAAUCAUGCUAGACAUUCAAACGAGGACAAGGGGCACAUUAGUCCAGGACGACAUGUUAGUCCAAGAAGAUCAACCAGUCCAAGAAGACAGGGCAGUCCAGUACAACUUACUGGUCCAAGAAGGAAAAAUAGUCCAACAAGACUAGGUAGUCAAAAAAGACCUGUCAGUCCAAGAAGACCUAUCAGUCCAAGAAGACAAGGCAGUCCAACACGACAAAUAUAUCCAAGCCCACCAGGUGGAAAAAGGCAGUACCCUGUUCAUAUAACUAGACCAGAAAGUGUACAUCCUCCAGUCAUCCCAACACCAAGACAAAUAAGUAGACAAAGACCACUUACCCAACCAGGAGACCCAAGUGCAUUGUUUUAUAAAGCACCACAUACACAACCAAAUAGAAUUGGUCAAUUAACCUCACCACAUCAACAAAAUGGAGUGACUCGUUCAUCUAGACAUCCAGAUGAUAUGGGACAUUUAGCUUCACCAAGCACAAAACAGCCUGGUGGAACUCCUACACCAGUUUUUGAAAGCCAGUAUCCUGGUGUCAAAAUACGUGUUGCAACAACACCCAUUGGUUCCAGUGCUCCCUUACCACAAGUUAUUAAUCACAAAUAUGGACAAAACAUUGUAUCUGAUUAUGCCCAAAAUCCAAAUGAUCCUUAUUUUAUUUCCAGAACACCGUCACCAACUCUUCAUCAGCGAAUCGAGGACCUUACCCUUUAUCAUGAAUCUGAUGUGCGUCCUCCAUUUGUUGUGAGGAAGCUUGAUACAGAUCUGAUUGGUCGACAACCAGGUGGGGUAACAGAUCAGAAUGCUAAAUCAAAACCUCAUAAAUGUAUUCGUUUAAAUAAAUUUAAACCAGGCACAGAUUAUUGUCCCCUCUGUUAUGAUGCCUACACAUUAAAAUGUUGUUCGAUUUGUCAGUCAUAUAAGCGCCAUCUUGGAAGGUUGUAUUGGGGUCAUGAUAAACACUAUCAUCCAGCUGGUCAUAUAUGUAGAUCUUAUCAAAACUAUAUGGAGACUCCUACCUCAUCCAGAAAAUCACCAAUAUAUGGUUAUAAAAAAUAUUUCGAUGAUGAUGAUGAUGAUGAACAUGAUGAUGACUCAGAAGUUGCCGAACUAACAUCAAGAGUAAGAGAUUAUGGUGUGCCUUAUAGAACCCGAUCAGUUAGCCCUGGAAACAGACAGCGUAGCUUAAGUCCAUCUUCACGCAGAAUCAUAAGUCCUAGUUCACGCUUAAUAACAGCUCCACGCUCAAGAAAAGACUUAUAUGACAGUCCUCUCAACCGCAGACUACCAAAUGUACGCAUAAGUCGAGAGUACAGUCCUCGAAAUACAUACUACGGACGAGAUGAUGUUGAAAGAAGUCAUCGUUAUCGCUACCCAACACAUGAUACACUAGAUGACCUUGCUUUAGAUACAAGUCUAGCUAAAUACAGGAGGUACAGUCCCAUGUAUUCAUGAUGAUAUACAAGUCAAGUACAUAUUGAUAAUGGACAUUACUGGACAGAGAGAGCAGCUGAAUUAAGUGGAAAAUCCCAUCGAGAAUUAUUUAAUGAUAAUAUUAGUAAAAUAUAUAAUAGAUUAAAUAGAAAAGCAAGAACAUUAAGAUAAUAUGUAAACAAGCCUAGAAUGAUUUAGUAACACAUAUCAAUGUAAACUGCCUUUUAUAAUAUGUGUAUUAACCUAUGUAUUUAAAGUUAAAUUCUGUCAUGGAACUUUUGAUUAAGACAGCAAUUGAUGCAGGCUUAUUGGAAGUGUUAAGAAUUAUGUUUUUUAACAAUUUAAUUUUGUUGUCUGGUAAAAAAUACAACCUAAAAAUGUAACAUAUAUAUUUAUGGACUUGAAUAAUAAAUUGCCUGCCUGUAUGUAUAGUAUUGUACUUUGUCAUAUUAAACUUAUAAAUCUGUCUCAAGUCAUCUGACAUGUAUACUUAGUACUAUAUGAUAUUUAACUGUAGCUCUUUAGAUCUGUCCUUAAACAGCCCAGAUUCUUCUUUUGCUUUCAAUAAAACUAUAUCCAUAUCAAUGUCAUUCAUUGUCUUAAUUUAUUCACUGAAUUAAGACCUGGAUAUUUCCUCCCACUCCCCGAUACUUUUGUUUUAAAUUAAAUAAUCUAUAACUUAGUCAUGUAUAUAAUUAUAAUUAUUAAUCAUUAUCAUUUAAUACACGAUCUUAAUAUUAUAUUUUUAAUUAUCAGUAUAAGAUAAGUAUAUUGUUAUAUGGAAAUGAAAUAAUUAGUCUUGAUAGAUUGUUGAAACUUGUAAAUUAGUAAGUUGAAAUGCUUUGUUUUAAUGUGUAAAUUUGAAAAUGGUAACUUGAUGACCUACUGUUGGUAUACAUAUGUAUUUAACACACAUAUAUAUAAUCUGUUGAACUGUGCCUUUUGCUGAAAUUGGCUUAAAAUCCUUUUAUUUUUUAGAUUGGUAUUUCUAAGACUUUUAGAAAAUACAAAUAAAAUACAAAGUCACAACAAAUACUCCACAAGUGCACACCGUCCUUAUUAUAAACCAAAUAUUAGUUAAAUUAUUUUAAAUUGCAUUAACUGUGAUAUUUACUAUUAUUCUUCAAAAGAUAUACUUUCUAGGAUAGACAUAUUUAAUGAAAUAAAAUCUUUCUCAUUUA